AACAAGUGAAUGAACUGGUUGCACUGAUCCCGUACAAUGACCAAAGACUGCAACCCCAAAGAACGAAGCUCUACGUGGUCCUGUCAGUUGUGCUCUGCCUGCUGGCCUCUUCGCUUGUUGCCUUCUUCCUUUUCCCACGCCCAGUGGUUGUGGUGGACGGAGGGAUCCGCUCGGUGACGGUGACGUUCGACCGCAACAACACAAAGGUCCUGAUGAACAUGACGAGCACGCUCAACUUCAGCAACCCCAACUUCUUCUCGGUGCAUGUGCAGAGCAUCAGCUCCCAGGUCCUCUACAUGAAGACGGGUAAUGAUUAG